AUGCCUAGCACUCUCAUUCAGAGGACUCAGGUUCAAGCCCAGGGCAGGAUGCAGCAGGUGCUGGACCAAUCAGGGAACUUCACUGAUAGAGAAGCGAAACCCCAAUUCGCCACAUACAGUGCCCUGGUGCUUAACGAUGGCUGCCCACUGCUCCUCCAGAGAGACGUCCAGCAGCUGAUUGGUCAUCCAGAAGAACUUCCCCCUCACUCGCCUGGCAGGAGCUCCACUUUGAAGCUGGAGACUUCACAGCCACCCAGCAUUAAAAAGGAAGAGGAGGAACUCUGGAUCACUCAGGAGCGAGAGUGUCGUCUAGGACUGCAUGAGGCUGAUCUCACCAAGUUGCCUCUGACUGUUGUUUCUGUGAAGACUGAAGAUGACAAAGGCAAACUCCAACGAGACAAUUUCAUAGCUCCACUAUCAGAUAGCGAGAGUGAAGACGGGGUUGAAGUAACUUUGAGCAGCGAUACAGACUGUGAAGGUGAUAUGAGGACUCAGGCUGACAAACACUAUGAACGCUCUAAAAGGAAGAGAGGUAAAAAAUGUUUAAGCUGCUCAUUUUGUGCUAAAAGCUUUACAAAGAAGAGCCUCUUGACUAAACACAUGAGAACACACACAGGAGAAAAACCAUUCAAAUGUUCAGUUUGUGGUAAAAGCUUUUCUGAAAGUGGCAGUUUGACCAUACACAUGAGAACACACACAGGAGAAAAACCAUUUAACUGUUCAUUUUGUGGUAAAGGCUUUUCUCACAAGAGCAAUUUGAUUGAACACAUGAGAUCACACACGGGAGAAAAACCGUUCACCUGUUCAGUUUGCGGGAAAAGCUAUUCGCAUAAAUGCAAUUUGACUCAACACAUGAAAAGACACACAGGAGAAAAACCAUUUAAUUGUUCAGUUUGUGACAAAAGCUUUCCUCUCAAAUUCUGUUUAGAUCAACACAUGAGAACGCAUACAGGAGAAAAACCAUUUAAUUGUACAGUUUGCGGUAAAGGCUUUUCUCAAAGGGGCCAAUUGAAUCCACAUAUGAGAACGCACACUGGAGAAAAACCAUUUACUUGUUCAGUUUGCGGUAAACGCUUUUCUCAAAGGGGUCAAUUGAAUCCACACAUGAAAACGCACACCGGCGAAAAGAAGCAUUAAAAUGAAUAGUUUGUGCUAAAAGCUUUUUCAAGCCCAUGUGACACAUGCACCAAAACUCUGGACCUUUUCAAAAUAAUUUAACCGUUUCUUCUACAAAUAUCCAAGGUCUUGCUGGGUUGCAUAUGACAUGACAUCUGCUUUGCAUGGCAACGUUAAAGGGAAUAAAGUCAGGAAAAGCGCAUGGAGGGAAAUGGCUCUCAAACAUGUCACAAUCGAUUUGUUUGAGAAUCUUUCUGUGAUGCAAUCAAACUUAUUUUUUAUUAUAAAGAACAGUAAAGUAGAGAAUAAACUUAAUAUCUAAAGAUUAAAGUAGAUUGUGUUCUGUUUUAUGGUUGCUACUCAUUGAUUGUGGAAAUAAGCUAACGUCAUGUUAAGUCCUAGUAGUAUAUUUCGGAAAUCUUAGUCGAAUGUAACAUGUUGCCUGUAAUUUGUUCGCCUAAUUACACAUUUGAUGUCGAUUUUCAUAGCCAAAACGUAAACGCUUAGUCGUUGUAUUGCAGAAAUGCCAGGUGCUUUAUUUGACAUUGAUGAUCAGGAUUGAGUUCCUACGCUAAAUUUAGGCCAAGACAAAGUCAAACAGAUGUUUGUAGAGGCCAACAUAUGAGAUGAGAGAUUUCAACGAUUGAUGUUUGUGUAUCUGACAUCAAGUCGUAGUGAAGAUACAUGUAGCAUUUGUAAACGACAAAAACCUAACUUACACGGGCAAAUAUAAGACUUAGAUUAUCCUUUAAAACUCUCAUGCCAUGAAUCAAUUUAAGUGGACCCCGAUUAAACAAGUUGAAAAACUUAUUUGGGUGUUACCAUUUAGUGGUCAAUUGUACGGAAUAUGUACUGUACUGUGCAAUCUACUAAUAAAAGUCUCAAUCAAUCAACCAAUGCCGAGAUCGUGGAACCAGCCGCUUGUGAAGAAGUUGUAUGCCUCAAUACUUUUUACUGGCGGUAUCUGAACUGAACAUUUGGUUCGAAACUCUUGUAAUAUUUGCCCUUGUUUGGUAUCUACAUUUAAUGUUUGCCCUCCAUCUGAAAACCAGAAGUGCUCGCAUUCUCUAAAACGUCACGUGAUUGCAACCCAGCAAUUUAUGCAAAGUGAGAUUAUCUGUACUUGCCAAGCUCUUACAGAUGUCCCUGGACACAAAGACAAUUCCAUCCUUCUGGAAAUGUGCCCAUAUGAUUGAUAGUGUAUCCAAGAAGGAAAAAAAACAAGAUUGAUCGAACUAUAAGCCAACAACAUCCCUGCUGCCCGUUAUAUCCAAAGCAUAAUAUGCGACCACAUUCACAAACCCCUCGACAAACAUCGAAUUUAAUGUGAUAACAAGUAAGGAUUCUGUGAGAAUUGAUCUCCAAGUGACAUAUGUCAACCAGUGGUGAAACAAUGCUGUCAACACGCUGCAAGAAAUUUUAGUGUUUGUCUUAGAUAUAAGGAAACAUUGUAAAAUAAAAAAUAACGUGUUCCCUUUAUGAUGGAGUAUAGUAGAGACUCUGAAAUAACUUAACUGAGAAAUGCGAACGUUUGCGUCAUUUUCACUCUGCUUUAUUUUGACUUCUUGCUAGGAAUACUCUUGUUUGUCCCCAAUAUGCUUGAGUACUCAAGCCCCUAAUGACAUAUUUAAACCAGGUUCUAUUUAAAAAAAAAAAAAAAAAGAUAAA